AUGAAGUACGUUAUAGUGUCCGGUGGUGUAAUUUCAGGAAUCGGAAAAGGUGUGUUAGCGUCCUCGACCGGGAUGUUGCUCAAAACGCUUGGCUUGCGAGUGACAUCCAUCAAGAUUGACCCAUACAUGAAUAUCGAUGCUGGGACAAUGUCCCCGCUGGAACACGGAGAAUGCUUUGUCCUGAACGACGGAGGAGAAACAGACUUGGAUCUGGGCAACUACGAACGUUACCUAGGUGUCACUUUGACCAAGGACCACAAUAUCACAACCGGUAAAAUGUACUCGCACGUCAUCUCUCGCGAACGUAAGGGCGAUUAUCUGGGCAAAACCGUGCAAGUGGUUCCGCAUUUGACCGAUGCGAUCCAGGACUGGAUCGAACGGGUGGCUAAAGUGCCAGUGGACGACUCUGGUAAGGAACCUGACGUUUGUAUCAUUGAACUGGGUGGAACUGUGGGUGACAUCGAAAGUGCGCCUUUCGUAGAAGCCCUCAGACAGUUCCAGUUCCGUGUGGGCAAAGAAAACUUCUCGCUCAUCCAUGUGUCGUUGGUUCCCGUUAUUCACGGCGAGCAGAAAACGAAACCCACUCAGGCUGCUAUCAAAGACCUCCGUUCGCUAGGUUUGAACCCAGAUAUGAUCGCAUGCCGUUGCUCCGAGAAGUUGGACGACCCAACUAUCAACAAGAUCGCCAUGUUCUGUCAUGUGGGUCCUGAACAAGUCGUGAACGUACACGACGUUAACUCGACUUACCAUGUUCCGCUAUUGCUGUUGCAACAGAAAAUGAUUGACUACCUUUGCAAACGUUUGAAGCUCGACGACUUGACUUUGAACGCUGACGAGAAGAAGCGCGGUGACAGUCUGCUACGCAGAUGGAAAGACCUCACAACCUCGAUCGACGAGUCUUUCGAGUGCGUCAAGAUCGCAUUGGUGGGCAAAUACACCAACUUGAAAGAUUCGUAUUUGUCGGUUAUUAAGUCAUUGGAACACUCGAGCAUGAAGUGUCGCCGUAGGCUAGAAAUCGUUUGGGUUGAAGCAUCCGAUUUGGAACCUGAGACCAACGAGACUGAAAAGGGCAAAUUCCAUACCGCAUGGAAUAAGUUGAGCUCAGCAGACGGAAUCUUGGUUCCAGGUGGAUUUGGACUCAGAGGUGUUGAAGGAAUGAUUUUGGCUGCCAAAUGGGCUCGUGAGAACAACAUUCCCUACCUAGGUGUUUGUUUGGGUCUGCAAGUGGCCACUUUGGAAUUUGCUCGUAAUGUUUUGGGCAAAAAGGAUAUAACAUCUGCGGAAUUCGACCCAGAUUGUCCCGAGGAGAACCAAGGUGUUGUGUACAUGCCUGAAAUUGACAAGGAAAACAUGGGAGGAACUAUGCGUCUUGGAUUGAGACCUACGAUUUUCCAAUUAGACUCUGAAUGGUCUAAGAUCCGCAAAUUGUACGACGAUGCCAGUGAGGUUCAUGAAAGACAUCGUCACCGUUACGAGGUCAACCCUAAAUUGGUUCCCGAACUAGAAGAGCAUGGAUUCAUGUUUGUCGGAAGAGACGAAACGGGCCAGAGAUGCGAGAUUCUAGAACUACGCAACCAUCCUUACUUUGUGGCUACUCAAUAUCAUCCAGAGUACAUGUCAAAGGUUUUGGAUCCAUCGCAACCUUUCUUGGGACUGAUAGCCGCGUCCGCUGGCGUCUUAGACAAGCUCAUGGCCGAGGAAAGGAACCCACAAGAGCGUGCCGAGUUUUAA